AUGAGUGAUAAUUUCAAAAAGUUACUUAAAUUCGCAUAAAUCUUCCUUUUAUUGCUACUGAUCUAUGCUCUAGUUAUUUUUGUCAGUGAAUAUCCUUAAUUGAAAAAUAAUUAAAAUGAGUCUGUUUUUUUUAGAAAAAGCGCACUUAACAGUACAACAUCUAACUGGGUUAUAAACGGAAGAUAUAGUAAAGAUGAAACUGAAUGUAUUGAAAAUUGUAUGAGACAAGGAGGUAUAAAUUGUGGUGGUGUUUUAUAUUUCGCAUGCUGUAAAUCUUAAGAAAAAUGUAUCACUUACCCAUUAGGAAUUGCUAAAUGUUAGGAAAUUUUACCAGAUUUUAGUUGCUUUAGACCUUCUUGA